UUAGCCAAUCAAAUCGACCUAUUUUGGCGAGGAAGGCAGGUCUGACUGCAGCUGGGCCUGCAUACCCGGUGUUGCACCAAAUUCUGUGACAUCACAAAUUUUGACGCUAUCUAUUUGACUUGAGGAACUUCGUGAGCAUCUUCUGUCAGUCAGACUGACAUUCAUUGGAAAAGUACAUGUCACACUGGCAUGGCUUUGGUUAUAGCUAUGGACAGUAUAUUGACCGUUUUUGUUUAAAAAAUAUAUAUUGAUAAGCCUUCAUUAAGCAAUAUUAUAUCAUGUAAAGUUACAGUGUCAACUGGACUACAUGUUAGCAAGAUGCACAUAAUGUCAGCUAGCUCUGCACGUAGCUGGUCAGUAGCCUAUGCAGGAAUUGCAGUGUGUUCGUGAAGAGAGAGGACUCCAUGGAUCUGCCUUCAGUACUCCGGGAGAGUGAUCCUCCGGCUGAGAACAGAUGGACACAAGAGGAGGCAGAGAUCCAUGAGAAACUCAGAUCUACUCUGAAGAGCAAGUUUCAGCAGCUGGUUGAGGGAGUACCAAAUCAGGGAGACCCCAGACUCCUCCAAGAGAUCUACACAGACCUCUACGUCACAGAGGGUGGGAGGAGGAGGAGGGUCAGUUAUGAACAUGAGGUCAGACAGAUAGAGAGGGCAUCCUGGAGAGAACCAGCAGAAGGCAAACCAAUCAAAUGCAUCUUUAAACCGUUAUCUGGACAACACAAACCCCUCAGAACAGUGCUGACAAAGGGAGUGGCUGGCAAUGGGAAAACUGUCUCUGUGCAGAAGUUCAUUCUGGACUGGGCUGAAGAAACAGCCAAUCAGGAAGUCCACUUCAUAUUUCCUCUUACUUUCCGAGAGCUGAACCUGAUGAAGGAGGAGAAACUCAGUUUGAUAGAGCUUAUUCAGACUUUUUUCUUAGAAAUAACUAAUUCCAGAAUCUUCUCCAGUUCAGACCACAGGGUCAUGGUCUGGAUGAGAGUCGACUCCCUCUAGAUUUCCUCUCCAACCCGAGGUGUUGUGAUGUGACAGAGCCAGCCUCAGUGGACAUGCUGCUGACAAACCUCAUCAAGGCGAAUCUGCUUCCCUCUGCUCUGAAUAUGGGGAUUCAGCAACCCACAGAAGGAGGAGUACUUCAGGAGGAGAAUCAGCGAUGAGAACCUGGCCAGCAGAACCAUCACACACCUGAAGUCAUCCAGGAGCCUCUACAUCAUGUGCCACAUUCCAGUCUUCUGCUGGAUCACAGCCAGUGUGGCAGAGAGAUCACAGCCAGUGUGGCAGAGAGAUCACAGCCAGUGUGGCUAUACAGUGAAUCGGACCAAAUAGGACUGACCAGGACUCUCACUCAAGUAUCCAUCACCUUCCUGAUUAUUCAGACAAGCACCAAAGAAGAAAAGUACACAGAGAGAGAUAAAGAGAGAAAAGAGACGGAUGAAGAGAGAAAAGAGACUGAUGAAGAGAGAAAA